UCAAGACCCACGAGAGUUCCUCCUCCGCCAGACAGCCAAUGGGAAGGCGCGUAUUUGUGACGUUGCAGGCCAGACAAAAUGGCCGCGGUCGACAUGUAAACAAACCCGGCAAGCUUGAAGGAUGAAGCUGCUAGUGAAGGUGCUGCAGUCUGCUGUGAAGCAAAAAGAACCGAGACGGAGACAUUUCUGGGGCUGGCUCAAUGCUGUUUUCAACAAGGUGGACUACGAGCGCAUCAAGGCCGUGGGUCCCGAUCGAGCGGCGUCCGAGUGGUUGCUGAGGUGCGGCGCCAAGGUGCGCUUCAUGGGUUUGGAUCGCUGGCACGGGGACUACAACGCGCUGCCCACCGGGCCUCUGGGACGCUUCAAGAUCCAGGCCAUCGACGCCACCGACUCCUGCAUCAUGUACCGAGGCUUCGACCAUCUCGAGGGUUUGCAGCAUGUGGAGGAGGUGAAGCUCCAAAAGUGCGUUUACAUCGAGGACGCAUGCUUGGAGCGGCUCAGCUCGUUGGAGAACCUGCAGCGAAGCCUUUUUAUCAUGGAGGUGGUGUCCUGCGGAAACGUCACCGACAAGGGUCUCGUUGCUCUGCACAAACUCAGUAAUCUGGAGUACCUGUUCCUCAGUGACCUGCCUGGUGUCAAGGACAAACAGACCACAGUGGAACGUUUAAAGACGGCACUCCCACGCCUUGACAUUCAAGUGGACUUGGAUUAAAAAAACAACAACAAAGCA